CACAUGUACAGGACUGACAAGUAUCUGCACAUAGGAACCAUGUUUCGAAAGCUGCUCCAGUUUACCCGUGUGUUUCAGACUGGACAUAGACGCCAACAUACCAGUCAGACGUCUUCCAAACCGGUGGCAAUUGUAACAGGCGGCAGUAGUGGUAUAGGGCGUGGUAUAGCGGAGGAGCUAGCACGGACAGGGUAUGCGCUGACCAUUCACGGUAGGAGUGUCGCCGGCCUCAACGCCACAGCUGACCUGUGUGUGGCUGCUGGUUGCGAUGAUAUUUUGUGUGUGGAAGGCGACUUGAGCAAAGACGACAUACUUGAGAACAUACCAGCACAAACACUGAAGAAAUUUGGCAGAAUAGAUGCCCUAAUCAACAAUGCAGGUGAAGCAUUCCACCCAGAUAAGAUGUCACUUUUCGAUACUUCACUGUUUGACCGUAUUCUCAGCGUUAAUCUCAGGGCACCUGUUGUCCUUUCAAAGCACGCUUUGGGAGCCCUCAAAGUGACCAAAGGAAGUAUCCUGAACAUCUCAAGUGUCACCGUCGACAACUGCCGAAUGCUGGUUUAUGGAGUUUCAAAGGCAGGAUUGGAACAUUUUACAAAGGUGCUUGCUUUAGAGGUUGCUUCGGCGGGGGUGCGGGUCAACAGCAUAAAGCCAGGUGCCCUUAUGACCAGUGUGUGGGGACGGUUCAGCAACCUCACGGCCGAAGAAGAAGCACAGCUGGAGGAGAAACUCACCCACUAUUUCCACCCCAUCCGUCGUCUUACAACUCAGGAAGACAUUAACCAUGCGGUGACGUUCAUGUUGUCGGACAAAGCUAGUUUCAUAACCGGAGCCAGUAUUCCAGUCACUGGCGGAGCUCACAUGCCCUUCGACGGUCGUGUCCUGAAACACCUGGAGAGGACGGGCAGUGGCUCUAACCAAAAGGCUGAACGUGAAUAGCUGAAAGACUGGAUCGGAUACAUGAUUGUGUACCAUGCCUUGUAUCUUUGCACCCGUCACUGUAAUGUACCUCUUCGUUUUAACAUGUGCUUUCAUGCUGUCUUUUCGUAUCGCAUUGGCGAAACAAUUUUAAAACAUGAUCAACACUGCCAAAACACCCCAGUACACUUGCACAUCUCACAUCUUGGAACAGGUUAUAUUUCACGUGAAUAUAAGGUUUUUCUUCGCUACUUAAUUCUUUGUCUUGUUGGUUCAUUCUUGAAUACUAGUAUCAUGUUAUCGCCCCCUAUACCACAAAAUGUCAACUCAACUUUAUGUUUUGAUGACGUGUUAGUAGAAAGGCACACGUUUGACUUGUUAUUUUCUCAAUACAAAGGCCUUAAAUCAUUUGAAAUAGUUUUAAAAGGAUUAAACAUCAGCUGUAGCAUCACCAUGUAAUGUAUUUGGCAUCUUAUCAUCGGACCCGUGAAGAUCCGGGGUAGAAUAGGUCUUCAGCAACCCAUGCUUGCCGUAAAAGACGGCUGUGUUUGUCGUAACAGACGACUAAUGAGAUCGGGUGG